AGGAGUUCACACAGUAAAAGUGAAACCGCAUUGGGACAUAUUUUAAAUUGUAUUGACAGUGAAAUUGUCAUUAAUGUUUUUGUGGUUAAUUUGGUAUUCUGUAGAGUACACUGGUUUAGCAAACAAAAAAGUGAAGGCAUUAGAACCAAGGGCACAUUUUACUUGAAACCCACUUGAGGGUCUCUGAUGACACAUACAAACAUGAAAUUUUUCUUGAUUAUUUUUUGGUGGCUGUUGGUCUUACUGAUGUUUGAAGAGUAGACAUAUUCAGAUAAAGUCCUUUAAGGUUUGAAUUCUUGUGUUGCAUACUGAGGACUUUUUGGAGGUGUUUGAUCUUCAGUAUACAUUACUAGCUUUGUGACCUUGCACACAUUCUACCUCCUCUCCGAGCCUUAACUUCUUCUGUGGGGCUCAAGUGAGGGUAUUAAAUCUGCCUGACAGAGUUGUUGUGAGCAUAUAUUGUGUUUAAAGUAAAAUCCAGGGCAGCCCUGGUGGCUUAGCGGUUUAGGGCCGCCUUCUGCCCAGGGCGUGAUCCUGGAGACCCGGGAUCAAGUCCUACGUCAGGCUCCCUGCAUGGAGCCUGCUUCUCCCUCUGCCUGUGUGUCUGCCUCUCUCUCUCUCUCUCUCUCUCUCUCUCUCUGUCUCUGUCUCUGUCUGUCUCUCUCUGUCUCUAAUAAAUAAAUAAAAAAUCUUAAAAAAAAAAAUAAAGUAAAAUCCAAACUCUCCGCCAUGGGCCAUGUGAUUUCUGCCUAGUUCUUCAGUUCAUCUUGACCAACUCUCUCUUCCUCACCACGGAGUCACCCUGUAGCCCUUCUGCGUUCUCUCACAUUCCGGGCUGCUGCUGGCUUCCUCAUCUUUGAUAGGGUAGUUCUGUUUGCCUGGAACAUUCUUAUGGUUGAUUCCUUCUCAGAUCUUAAUGCCAGGUUCACUGCAUCAGGGAAGUCUCUCCUGGCUACUCCUCAUACAGCUCCUUCAGUGGUCCCAUCUUCCCUGUUUGUAUGUUUUCAUCAUAACAUUUACCGCAGUCUGUAUUUUUUCUUUUGGUCUUUCUCCUUAUGUAAGUCCUACGUGGGCAGAAUGUGGUCCGCGGUUCUUCUGUGUCUCCCUAACACAUCCUGUGGGGACACGAUGUACAGAAAGUUGUAUUUACGUUAUUAUCUACACAUUAAAGGCAGGGAUGUGCUGUGUAGAUGGUGAGAAAUCUGUUGGUUUUUUUGUGUUGCUUAUUUAUGCCAUUCUGAGCUGAUCUGCUCACCUGAAUAAAUCACAGCAUGAAUAAGACCAAAAUUAUUAUAACUUUAGGCCCCAAGUCACCCUACCUACACGCAGAGAACUGUUGUGUUUUUUGUUUUGUUUUGUUUUGUUUUUUAAGUCAGCUCUGCUUCCGGCAGGGCUCCCAAAUUCACGACCCCAAGAGCAAGAGUUGCAUGCUCAACUGAUGGAGCCAGCCAGAUAUGGCCAAUCAGACAUGGGGCUGAUUGAUUUACAUGUCCAACUGGCCGUUCACGAAGACCCACAGGCCUUUGUCACUUCUGGAAGCAUAGUUAUCUAUAGCGUGUGGAGAGUCACAGCUCCAAAGCACAUUUCCCUUGAUGUUAGCUCACAUAGCUUGGUAAGGCAAACCCUCGGUUAUCUGGAACCUCUGGCAUCCUCAGCUACAUGUUGCGGAAUUCAGCAGGAGGAAAAAAGCCUCGAGAAACCUCAGUUGGAAUCAGACAAGUCGGAAGCUUAGAUAACUGACUGGCUAGUGAAGGCAGUCUUGAGAAGGCUGCAGAUCUAGCUCUGUGACUUCAUAGGGUAGUCUUGUGUGGGGAAAGUGCAUAAGACCAAGGGGACAAGAAAAACGAAAAUAAAGGAGGAAAGACAAUGGGAGCCCACAGAAGUAUUAACGGCGCCAGCUACUAAAAUCGGGAAGGUUACAAAUGUGAGCAGCUAUUGAGUUGCUUGGCACUGGGUCACUGCAGUCAGGUGAUGGAAGAUGUAGAACAAAAAAGGGCAUCACACUUGGAGACUAUGUUUGGGGAGCGGUGGCUAUCCCAUUGUCCUUGGGAGCAGACUGUUUAGUAGAGAAGAAAGAAAGAAGAAAAGACGGCAUAUCUCUGAAGGCCCGGGAGACAAACCGUUAUCUGAGCAUCAGUAAACCUGAAGACGUCACUAUGCCAUCCUGAAAUUUUCCAACAGAGCAUGGCUCCAAAGGGUCUAUGAAGCUGGAAGAGUACCUAGAUGCAGCAUUGCAGCCCCUCCAGAUGUGUGAGGAGAGUCUUCUGGAGAGAAAGUGAUCCUCUUGCAGUAGGUAACUAGUCAUAAUGAAGAAAAUCAGUCUUAAAACCUUCCGAAAAUCUUUCAACUUGAAUAAAAGUAAAGAAGAAACGGAUUUCAUGGUCGUACAGCAACCAUCGCUAGGCAGUGAUUUUGGAAAAGAUGAUUCCUUGUUUGGUAGCUGCUACGGGAAAGAUAUGGCCAGCUGUGAUAUCACUAAUGAAGACGAGAAAGGUGGGAAGGGCAGAUCGAAAAGCGAAAGCCUAAUGGGUACGUUAAAACGACGGCUGUCUGCGAAACAAAAGCAGAAAGGCAAGGGCAGCACACCGUCCGGGAGCUCUGCCGACGAGGACACCUUCUCCUCCUCCUCGGCACCCCUGGUCUUCAAGGACGUGCGAGCGCAGAGGCCCAUCAGGUCCACGUCGCUCCGCAGCCAUCACUACAGUCCCACACCGUGGCCUCUGCGACCCACAAACUCUGAGGAGACAUGCAUCAAAAUGGAGGUGAGAGUCAAAGCCUUGGUUCACUCUUCCAGUCCGAGCCCAGCCCUGAAUGGGGUCCGGAAGGAUUUUCACGACCUUCAGGCUGACACCGUGUGCCAGGAACAGAGCAAUUCCCUGAAGAAUUCGGAAUCUCAGAAUGGAGACUUGCAUCUUCACCUUGACGAACAUGUGCCUGUAGUUAUCGGACUUAUGCCUCAGGACUACAUUCAGUACACCGUGCCUUUAGAUGAGGGGAUGUACCCUUUGGAAGGACCGCGUAGCUAUUGUCUGGACGGUUCUUCUCCCAUGGAAGUGUCUGCAGUCCCCCCGCAAGUGGGAGGGAGCUCCUUCGCCGAAGACGAGAAUCAGGUAGAGCAGGACCUCGUGGUGGCCCCGGAGAUCUUUGUGGAUCAGGCGGUGAACGGCUUGUUGAUUGGCACCACAGGAGUCAUGUUGCAGAGCCCCAGAGCGAGUCAUGACGACGCCCCCCCACUCUCACCGUUGCUACCUCCAAUGCAGACCAGUCAAAUCCAAAGGAACUUCAGUGGGCUCACCGGCACAGAUGCCCACGUGGCUGAAAGUAUGCGCUGUCAUUUGAAUUUUGACCCUAAUUCUGCCCCUGGGGUCGCUAGAGUGUAUGACUCCGUGCAGAGCAGUGGUCCCAUGGUCGUGACAAGCCUUACAGAGGAGCUGAAAAAACUUGCGAAACAAGGAUGGUACUGGGGACCGAUCACACGCUGGGAGGCAGAAGGGAAACUAGCAAACGUGCCGGAUGGCUCUUUUCUUGUUCGGGAUAGUUCUGACGACCGUUACCUUUUAAGCUUGAGCUUUCGCUCCCAUGGCAAAACACUUCACACGAGAAUUGAACACUCAAAUGGUAGGUUUAGCUUUUAUGAACAACCAGAUGUGGAAGGACAUACGUCUAUAGUUGAUCUAAUUGAGCAUUCGAUCAGGGACUCUGAAAACGGAGCUUUUUGUUAUUCACGAUCUCGGUUGCCUGGAUCUGCGACUUACCCGGUCAGGCUGACCAAUCCAGUAUCACGGUUCAUGCAGGUGCGCUCGUUGCAGUACCUGUGUCGGUUUGUUAUACGUCAGUACACCAGGAUAGACUUGAUUCAGAAACUGCCUUUGCCAAACAAAAUGAAGGAUUACUUACAGGAGAAGCACUACUGAAAGAUUAUGAGAACCCUGCAUCUUGCACUUUGGGAUUUAGAAAAAGAGUUUGAAAUACAGUUUACAAACUUUCAUUGCUAUCAAAAUCUUUUGCUGCCAUACUAUUUCAGUUUUAUGUGUAAAAGUAAUGAAUUUGUUUAGGGGUGGGGAAACGUGUCAGCAAGGUGUCUUGGGUUUAUUUUGGUUCUUUAAAAAGGGAAGUCUUGAGGUUUUGGAAGUGUGAAUUAUCUUUCAUAAAUGUGCAGAAUAAAUCACAAUGUGAAUUAUCAGAUUCUCCUUAACCACCCCCCCAAGUCCUUUGCUGCUAUCCACUGUGAUUUUUAUGCAUUAAAAGCACAUUUCAUGUGUAUUUGACCCUAAGUAAAGUUGAAUGAAACUUACAGAAUGAAUAUUGUUAUGUCUCUUUAAAUGGCCUGUUUUCAAAGAUCGUGUUGAAUAAACAUACCCGUACGAUAAAACGCAGGAUUUACACAUACACUGAAAAUGAUUUUUAAUCUCAUACUUUAGAAAGAUUUAUUUAGAAUUAUGAUUUGACAUAAUCUUGGGUAUUGGAAUGCAGAACUGCAACAUGUCUUUUAUGACAUUUCUAAAUUGUUUUUGAGGUUGUGCUGUUUUUGGUUGUGAAAAGUUGAAUUUUUCUGUUGCCUUCAUUUUCAUCUUGUGGUUUGUCUCUUAAUAAAUGGCCUUACAUUAAAAAAAAAAAAAAAACAUAAAGAAGUGUAUACCACCAA